CACUCAACAUUAUUCCUUUCGAUUUCACUCAUUACCUCUUCAUCAUGGUGGUCAAUAAUGCUCAACUCCAUCUUGCCACUACCUUCUCCAACAAGGUUUUCCGAAAGGAUAAGGAAUUUGCUAGAUACGUGCGUCGCUUUCGUGACCGCGCUAUGUAUCCCUCAUUUACCAUUCAGCCUUCUGCCUUCUCCAAAUUUGACAUGGAUAUUAGUCAACUCAUUCACAAUCUUGGGUGGGGGUCACUGUUUGAGCAUCAACGUUACACCUACUGCCUAGAGGCUGUUUGUCUGUUUUACGUCAAUCUCAAGCGUGGGUCUGGACCUGAUCUCUAUUCCUUCAAGACCACAAUUGGGAAUCUUGAGAUCACGUUGGGAGUUGAUCUUCGGGACAAGGUCACCCUGUGCAAUGUUCAUGAUGAUCUCAAAGCACAACAUGUUCUGGCUCGCCUUGAUGCGAGUGUCAGCCCCGCAAAGCCUGUCCCUGGCUCAGGGGGAGAGGCUGCUACUCUUGUCAAAGCCCUUGUGUCUGCUGCCGAGGUGGUUAUUGAUCGUGAGUUAAAUGGGUUGUCAAAUGAAAAUCUAAAGGGAAAGCGUAAGAUGUAUCUGUCUGAUUUAUCCUCUAUGUCCACUCGUCUGAAACACAUCAGAGAUGGAGGGGGAGUUAGUUUCUCCAGAGCUAUGGAAGAAGAUGAAGCUGUUGAAGAACCUGUCGAAGACAAUGUCUCUGACUAUGAUUCUCCCCCAGACUAUCCCUUCUAGGUUACUACUCUGCCUUAGAAGUUAGAGUUUAGGUCUAAGUCACCUAAAACUAAAAGCAGCCCUAGCUGCUCACUGUAUGCUUUUGGAAUUCUCUAAUGAAUAAAAUGGUUGGUU